UUUGUCUACUGGAUAUGCGCACAGGUUUGGAUGCGUUUGGCUCGUGGGAGAUACUUAAGUUUCUUACUGAAGAAUAUACUGUAUAUGGACGAGUAAAUACGACUCAAGCACACAGUGAGAUGUGAUCUGGUCGGUCUCGUAAUUGUCAGUGUGGAAAGUUUUUUGAGUGUUUUGUGUGGCGAAGAUGCGCGGGGUUUGUGCGCUGUUGCUGAUGGUGCUGCUGGAGAAAACCGUACCUCUGCCUGCGCGGACUAAACAAACGGUGGCGAGCAUCCAGUCAUUUAAGCCAUGUGCUCAGGUACCUGCACAUGUGGACAGGAGGUCUCAUGAAGGUCUGGCUCGGUUCAGGCGCUAUGCCAUCAACCCACUGGGAUACAAAUGGGACCAUUUUAACAUCACCUACAAGAUCACAAAGUUCCCCAGCACGCUGAAUAAAGAAGAUACGCGCAAAGCCAUCACUAUUGCCUUUACAAAGUGGAGUGAUGUUUCCCCUCUCACUUUCACUGAAGUCAGAAAUCUCAACAGAAGUGCUGACAUCACAAUAGGGUUCUACACAUACAAUCAUACAGAUUGUUGGUGGUCUCCACUGCAUCCAUGUUUUGAUGGACUGAAUGGUGAGUUGGCCCACGCCUUCCUGCCUCCACGUGGAGAGAUCCACUUUGACAACCAUGAAUUCUGGAUUUUGGGCAAAUCCCGCUUCAGCUGGAAACAAGGAGUAUGGCUGAAUGACCUGGUUCAGGUCGCUGCUCAUGAGAUCGGUCAUGCUUUAGGUCUCUGGCAUUCACAGGACCCUAAUGCUCUAAUGCACCCAAAUGCAACUUACACGGGUCAACGAAACAUCGCCCAAGAUGAUAUCUGGGGCAUCCAGCGCCUUUACGGGUGCAUGGAUAAGAAGCGCGUGUGUGAUCCCUGGGCACGGCUUGGUUUUUGUGAGAGGAGGCGGAGUUUCAUGAAGAAAAAUUGCCCGAAGCGCUGCGACCUAUGUUAUGAGCCUCUGGAUGCAGUAUCCACCCCGACCCCGCCCCCUGACAACGUGAAGAUCAAAAUUGUACCCCGUGGAAAAGUUGUGGGCUUUCGCUGUGGGACAAAAAAUACCAGAGUUCCUCCAAAAGUCAGCUGGUACAAGGAUGGCGAGCAGCUCCUGACAUCUAUUCCUGGAUAUAUUGUAAUCAAGGAUCGGGACCUGCGGCUGGUGGCCAACGAAUUCAACGAGGGCACCUACACCUGUCGCAUCCAUCGCCGCGGUAACAUUGUCUCUGCAAACUCUUGGGCAAUCCGUUUGAAGCCAGAGAAAUCAUCAAACAACAGCUGAUGAUGUGAGAUUGAAUUUAUUGAGCACCGGCUCUACCUCUAGGGCACUCGGAUCUGCUCUCCUGACCUCUGCUGCAGGGCAGACAUCUCUGUGUGGACUUCAGAUCCAUUGUGCGCUUCAAAGACAUAUGUGGGCGUAUCAAUCUCUGAUAAUAGAGGUCAAACACACAAAACCAUGUCUAGGUCAAAUAUAUUCAGGACGAUUACAACAAAUAUAUAUUCUUGGUGCGGCAAUUCAACGUUUGUCAUUUUACUACCUUUGUAAUUAUUCUUCUCAAUUGGAUCCCUGCUAUUAAAGCAACACCAAAAUGUUUUUUUUUACCUUAAAAUAACGUUUCCAAAAGUUUCAGCCGUUCAUCCACUAGAAACAGGGUGAACGGCACUUUCACAUCCGCUUGGCAGCCCUCUAUCGGCCAAAACCGCACUAAAGAAGUUUCCAAUUGUUGGGUCGCGGUCCUGUAGUUACAAAAACUUGCUUUACGGCAGACCUACAAUCCAAUCUGAGCCGGAUUUGCUGCUUUAGGCUAAAUUAUUUACGACAGUGGUAAUGGACAAUUACGCUUCCAACCUGUAGGGGGAGCAAAGAGCAAAAACUCUUUAGUGUUGCUUUAAAAGUGCAUUACACAAAAAAACUAAACACAGAAAACUGUGAUUAAAAAAAUCUAAUUAAGUGUAAAGCCCAUGCAACGUUAAUGUAAUGUCACUAUAACUAACGCAUAAUAAUAAUAAUACAUUUAUAAGACGUUUUGGGGUCAUAGUACACAAAAUCUUAAAGGGUUAAUUCAUCUCCACCAUUAAAAUAGACAUACCAGGCAUUUGUAAUAUAAAUGAAAAGAGGCUUUAUUUCAGCCUAAAAGUGCUUGGAAACAGCCAUUAGAUUACAUUGACCUAUAAAGUGGCAACAACAUAACGUUACUCUUAUGAACCAUAGAAACAAGCAUGGUCAUAUUAAUAAAGAUAAAGGAUAAUGAUAAACAUUUUUAACAUUUACAAAGCAGCGUUUGUAUUAUCUAUUCACAAAUACCCGACCUUAAUUUCUCCCGCACCUCAUCUUUCAUCUUCAUCAUCCUCUUUUAUUUCUUCGUUUAUUUAUUUUUUUGUUGUGGUUGGCAGCGGGAGCUG